UCUGUACCCAGAUCUUCGCAACUUCAUUAUAUAGUAAGAAAUGUUCAUAGACAUAGUCAAAAUUCUUGGAUAAAGUGCAUCCCUGAUAUUCACUGCCCCGGAAAGGCUAAGAAAACAAAUAGGACUAAAUGUUUAGCAAAACAUUUAAAAUUUAACAUUCCUGAAGGUAUUCUUGCAGAUAUAUUUUAUUUAUCUGACUUCACUAGUGAUUUACAUACACAACAGGUAUAUAAAAAUGUCAACCAUAUGAAGAAUGUCUGUCAGUCAGCAUUAUCUACUGAUAUUGAGACAAAUCCAGGACCUGUGUUCUAUAUCAAUCCAAACAAGACAAUCAGUGCACCAUAUAGUCAAGGGAAUCAGAUUAUAUUUGGAGAAACAGCAGGACAGCAGUGUUUAGCAAUGUGCUUAUGUGCUCUUAUAUACAACAAGAGACACAACAUUGGGUCACCUCAAGACCUGGUUCAAAUAAUGGAUAUUGGUAAUGAACUGUAUUCAAAUUUGUCGUGUUUGGCAAGACAAUCAAUUUUAUUAUUUACAGAACUGCCUUCACAAUUAACAGUAUUUGAUACAGAUUAUCAUCUUGAGUACAGUGAGAGCUAUAGUGGAAGGGUAAUCGGAGAUAGUUUUAUUGAAGGAUUUCAGUAUUGUGUGCCAUUUCAUGAAGCAUUUGACCUGCUCCUGGUUGAAAACUAUUCUGCAUUUAUAUUAAUAAUUGACUGCAAUGCUGUUUGUAUAUUUUCCACCAAUGAUAGCAAAUAUAACAUUUUUGACUCACAUUCAAAGGAUAUCUAUGGCCGAAGUCAUCCACAAGGCACUUGUGUGUUGUUAGAAGCAGCAACUAUUAACCAUGUAAUUUUGCAUUUCCAGUCCCUAUACAGUGAAAAUAGUCAGUUUGAGCUGAGAGCUGUUAAUAUUGAAGAACUACAAAGCACUACUGACCAAAACUUAAACAACAAUAUUGGAAAUACUUACCGAUCAGGUAAUGCCUCACAAGAAAUUAAAACUACUGACGCUUUCUGCUUGUGUAGACAAUGCUGUGCAAUUUCAUUAUAUUCAAUUUGUUAUUCUGUUAUUAAACCUUGUAAUUACUGGGAUUCAAAUACAAUAUCUGCAGUUGUUUACUUUGGCACUAAUUUGUAUAAUAAUACUGGUAUAAAUACUUGGUCUUCAAGUGAUCUACCUCAAAAAAUUAAAAUUUGUGGAACUGAUGUGCACAUACAAUUGCAAGCUAAUUACCAAGGAGUAGUUAAUGACAUUGCAGAAAGCAAAUUAAACAUUGCAAGUGUGAUAUGUCAUUGUGAUGAAAACACUGGUUUUUUAAUUUGGCUUGGGGGUUAUUGUAUUUCUUGUAUCUUCCAUGCAACAUUGAAGAGAAAGUCAUACUCAAUGUUAGCAUAUGAUGAAGAUCCUAGCCCACCUACUACACAUUAUAUCAAGAACAUAGAAGACAAACACACUUUAGUUGAGGCUAUCUUUAACUUAGCAAACACCAAAGUCAAGGACGAAAUUGUAAAUUAUGAAAUUCAAUUUCUGUCUUGUUCUUCUAAAUUGAGUAACUGUGAAAGAAAAAAGAUUAUGAAAAAACACAGACAAAAUUAUAUUAAUGUCUUUAAUGAGAUCAUUGAACCAGCUUUAAAGAAACAAAAGCUAGAAAAAAGACAAAUGAAGUACAAAGCUUUAGAUCCGGCGAAAAAAGAGGAAGUGCUUAAUAAAAAGUUGAACUAUAAAAGGACAAUGGGAGAAGAACAAAAACAGAAACUGUUAGAGAAUCAGAGAGAAAAAUACAAAGCUUUAGAUCAAUCAAAGAAAGAGGAAUUGCUUAAAAAAAAUUUGCGUUAUAAGAAAACAAUGGGAGAAGAUCAAAAACAGAAACUGUUAGAGAAUAAGAGAAUGAGAUAUCAAGCAAUGGAUAUAACAAAGAAGAGGGACUUGAAUGCUACAAGUUCUAGUAAAAUCAUGGAAAAUCGCACUUCAUUGGAACCAAAACAAAAAAAAAACUUGCUGAAUAGAGAAAAGGAAAAACGAGUGGAAAGGAAAUCCAAGCUUAACAACAUUGAAUUGUGCAUUGAAGAAUUUAAGAAACAAAUUAAAUCUGGCCCAUGUUAUGUCUGCUGUGUGUGUAACCGAACAUUAUAUAAAAAGUCUGUAAUUACCCUAGAAAAACAUAAAUAUCCUUGUCAGGAUUACUUUGUGUUUCAAUGCUCUUUCGAUGGCAAUCAUUAUAUCUGCAAAACUUGCCAUGCUAAAUUACUUAAAGGUCAACAGCCUUGUCAAGCUGUGGUAAACAAUUUAUUUGUUGAUGAAACCCCUGCUGAACUUGCUGCAUUAGAGAAACUUGAACAAAUUCUUGUUGCCCAGAGAAUAGUCUUUGAAAAAAUUGUGAUAAUGCCGAAAGGACAGCAACGAAAAAUUAAAGGUGCAAUAUGUAAUGUACCAGUUGAAUGUAGUCAAACAUGUAAUGUUCUUCCCAGACCACCUGACAGAUCUGGCAUAAUUUUACUUAAAUUAAAAAGGAAACUUCAGUUUAGAGGUCAUGUUUACUUUCAAGCAGUUCGCCCUCAGUUUGUAAUUAGUGCAUUGAACUGGCUUAUAGCAAACAAUCCAUUAUAUAGAAACAUCGAAAUUCAAUGUGGCAACAUUAGCCCACAGUUGACUAAUUUGAACUGUUUUGUUACAGAUCAAGAAAAUGUAGACGAGCAUUUGCAAACUAAUGUAAAUAGAGAGCAGCUUGAUCAAGAUGCUGAAGAACAAGAUGAUCCAUUAAAUGAAUACCGUUCAGCUGCAAGUGAAACUUGUCUUCAGUCGAUUUUGCCAAAUUAUCCUGUUAAUCUGGAGAAUACUGACUGUAAUAAUUCAACUGGAAGAGAAGUUUUCAACAUUGCACCUGGUGAAGGUAAACACCCUGUAUCAAUAAUGACUGAUAAACUUUGUGAGGAACUUUCAUUUCCAGUUCUCUUUCCGAAGGGGAGAUUUGGAUACACUGCUGAACGAGGUAUAAAAUUAUCUCCAAUAAAAUAUUUCAAUGCUAGGCUAUUGCAUCAUAGUGGAAAAUUUGCAACCAAUCCAGAGUAUCUUUUUUUUGCACAAUUUAUCAUGGAGCAGAAAAAGAUCUCUGAUAGUAUAAAUAUUGCUCUUAAAAAAGUACAUGGCCAAUCAGUCACAGCAUCACAAGUAAAAUCAAACAGUCAAGCUUUUCAAAAUCUUCUUUUGCAAGAUCAAGCAUAUUUGUUUUUACGACAAAUUCCUGGCUCACCUCCUUACUGGCAAAAAUUUAUGUAUGAGGUGGUAGCAAUGGUUAAACAGCUGGGAAUACCAACAUGGUUUAUGACGCUUUCAUGUGCAGAUUUAAGAUGGCCUGAGCUAUUUCAGAUUAUUGCAAGGACAAAAGGCAACAACAUGACAGAUGAAGAAGUGGACGCUCUGUCCUAUCAUGAGCGAUGCUCAAUGUUAAAUUUAAAUCCUGUUAUUGUAGCUAAACAUUUUCAAUACCGAGUUGAAACAUUUUUCAGCCAGGUUUUGCUCACAAAUGCAAACCCAAUUGGUAAGAUAGUAUAUUAUGCACUCCGUAUUGAAUUUCAAAUGAGAGGUUCACCACAUUUACAUGCCUUAAUAUGGACAUCUGAUUGCCCAAAAUUAACAAACGAUACAAAAGAUGCAUACAUAGAUUACAUUGACCAACACGUUCAAGCACACCUCCCAGACAGAGAAACAGAUCCUCAACUUUAUGACUUGGUAAAAACGUACCAGACACAUAACCACAGUAAAACCUGUAGAAAGUAUAAGAACAUUGCAUGUAGAUUUAACUUUGGACAGUUUUUUACUGACAGAACAAUUGUUGCUGAACCUUUAGCUGAAGAUAUGGAUGAUGAGAUUAAAUCCAAUAUUCUAACCAGACGAAAGGAAAUUUUGUCUAAAGUUAAGCAAAGAAUUGAUGAUGUGUUAAACCCAAGCAAGUCUACUUAUGAAGCAGAUGCUACUCCAAAUGACAUUUUAAAUGAUAUAGGUAUUACAGAACAAGACUAUAAAUGGGCUAUAUCAAUAUCUCCAGAUUCUGACUACGAAAUGCACCUCAAAAGACCAUUAAACAGUUGUUUUAUCAACAAUUACUUUAUUGCUGGGUUAAAAGGAUUUGCCGCAAAUGUUGACUUGCAGCCAGUGUUUAAUCAUUACAAGUGUAUCACAUAUGUUUGUUCUUACUUUACAAAGGAUGAAACUGAAUGUUCUCAAGCCAUCAUAAAUGCAGCAAAAGAGGCUAAAGAAGCCAACUUAAGUAUAAGAGAUGGCCUAAGAAAAAUAGGUGCAGCUUUUCUUUCAACUCGUGAAGUCAGUGCUCAAGAAUGCGUUUACAGAUGCAUGCCUGAACUCUGGUUAAGAAAAAUAUUUCCCAAAACUGUCUUUGUUAGCACAGAUUUUGCUAAUGAUCGUGUUAGAGUUGCAAAGACCCCACAAGAACUUGAUGAGUUAGAUGAUGACAGUACUGACAUUUUUAAGUCUAAUAUUAUUGUUCGUUACAGUGACAGACCGAAAAACAUUCCUGUCAUUAAUAAUAUGUGUUUGGCCUUAUUUGCUGCUCACUAUUUCAAAGAUUACAAAAGAGAUUUUAAUGAAUUAUCUGAUGCUCAACCUGAAGUGCUUAGCGACGAUUUGAUUGAAUCCCAAAAUAUCGAUAAUCACACCAUAGGACUUCCUGAUAGAAUAAAACUUAUGAACAGCAAAGAAGUUAUGAAGUGCAGGAAAGUUAAAGCUGUUAUUCGGUAUCACACUCCAAACAAAAGAAAAGAGCCUGAAAAAUAUUUUCACCACCUUCUUAUGUUGUAUUUUUCAUGGCGUAAUGAAGAGGAACUCCUGGGUCAAGACCAGACAUAUCUUUCUAAGUUUUACGAACCAAGUGUUCAAACAAUAGUACAACGCAACAAAGAAAUAUUUGAGCCAGAUGGUGAUGCUAUUAAUGAAGCACUAGAAAAUUUACGAAACUUUGAUGGCGUACCAACUCACUCCUACGAUACAAUGAAUGACCAGGAAAAUGAAGAUUUGCGACAAAGAUUACCUGACGAGUCUGAUGAAACAGAGUCUUUUAAUGAAUCGUUGCCACAACAUUUUGCACCAAAUCCCGAAUCAGUUCCACCAUCCUCAGGAAUAUGUUCUUACAAUCAACCUUCAGACAUAAGUGAUGAUGAUUUACGAAAAACUGUACGAUCAUUGAACAACGAACAACGAUAUGCAUACGACUUGGUUCUUUCCUGGUGUAGAAAUAAAAUGGCAAACCUAAACACUCCUAAACCUUCUCGGGUAGAUCCGAUACAUGUUUUUGUCACUGGAGGUGGUGGUGCAGGUAAAUCACACUUAAUUAGAGCUAUAUAUCAUACAGUUACAAAAACAUUUAGACAUGCUCCUAUGAAUCCUGAAUUACCUUCUGUGUUGUUAACGGCUCCAACUGGCGUAGCUGCCAUAAAUAUUAGUGGAACAACCAUACAUACUGCCCUAGCAAUUCCAAGGGAAUGUGGCAAUAAUGUACCUGCAAUGUCUGAUCAGAAAAGAACGCAAAUGAGACUGUCCUUGGCUGAAUUGAGACUAAUCAUAAUUGAUGAAAUAUCAAUGGUCUCAAACAUGGGCCUGCUGCAUAUUCACCAGAGACUGAAAGAGAUAUUUGUUACACCUAAUAGCGAACUUUUUGCAGGAAUCAGUGUACUUGCUGUCGGUGACUUCUUUCAGCUACCGCCAAUUCGAAGCGCAAUUGCAUUUUCGAAUUAUAAGAAUGAUGCAUUAAAUCUGUACCAUCCAUGGCAUGUCUUCAGAAUGACAGAACUAACACAGAUCAUGAGACAAAAAGAUGACAUCGCCUUCACUCAACUAUUAAAUAGAGUGCGCACUGGUUCACAUACAGAUGAUGAUAUCAGGUGUAUUCAAUCCAGAAAAAUAACUCCAGGCGAUAAAAAUUAUCCAUCGGAUGCAUUACACAUAUUUGCAGAAAAUGCAGCAUUUGAUGAGUACAAUAUUGAUCGUCUAGCACAAAUUCAAUCACCACAAUAUGUUUUAGAAGCUUCGGAUCAAUUUCCACCCCAUGUUAGGAAACAUGAUAUCGAAAGAGUGCUGUCUAAAGGAAGAUCCGAAACUGGAGGACUUGACACUAAAAUCGUGAUCAAAGAAAAUGCAAGAGUUAUGCUAACAACCAAUGUGGAUAUUAGUGAUCGACUAAUUAAUGGGCAGUUAGGUACAGUAAUAAAAGUUUCUGUUGACAAUGUUAGUAAUAAACCCUCUAGAGUUUUUGUUAAAUUUGAUGACAGUAAUGCUGGAUUAUCUGCUAUACGAAAUUCGUCCAGUAGUUUUGCGAGAGAAAACAAUCUUGUUCCUAUCAAACCUGUAUUGGCGAGAAUUAAAGUCAGACCAGGAAAACCAUCAUCUCCUGAAAUGCAAAGAUUACAAUUUCCUUUAACUCUCGCAUGGGCAUGCACUAUACAUAAAGUACAAGGAUUAACUCUAGAUAACAUUGUCGUCAGUUUUGAUUUAAAAAAGCAAAGAUAUUUUAACUAUGGUCAGGUAUAUGUAGCACUUAGUCGAGCAACGUCUUUAAAUGGCCUGCAUAUUUUAGGAACGCUUGAAAGUGAACAUAUUCGAGCAAAUCCUAAAGUCCAGGAAGAAUACGAGAGAUUGUGUGAAACUUCGAGUGUCGACCCGCAUAUUACAACAGAUUUGUGCGACGAAGAAACUGUCUCAAUUUGUCUUUUAAAUAUUAGAUCAUUUAAGAAACACUGUCUUGACUUAAGUAAUGACUCUGUUUUGUCCAAAUGUGAUGUCCUGGCUCUAACGGAAACUCAACUUUUAACCAGUGUACCAAAUGGUGAUAUUAACUCAAUCCUUAACGAUUUUUCUAUACAUAGACAAGAUCAUGAUUCUGACAAGUUCUUAAGUCUAGCUUUUGCUACAAAGACGCUAUUACGCUAA